AUCAACACAAAAAGACACACAACAUUGCACAUACGUUGAACAAAGAGGACUUCACUGCACAACACAUAGGAUCACUCGUGCGCUAUCUACACAAUACCAGGCUGAAUGACAAGGUUCGUGAACUUUAAAAAGCCCUUUAACCUAUUACUUUGUUCCCGAUGCUAAGACCACGGGCUUGCAACACGAACGUGCUUCAAGGGUUGACUAAACACAUUCACAAUAUGUUAUCAUGCAAGUGUUCCUUGUCGUUUCGAUUGAUGUGUCUCUUAGUUAACUUCAUAACAUAACGACAUCUUCUCUAGUCUGUGUUGACAAGACGCACACUGUGGUGAUUCGUAGACAAAGUGGAUUAAUAUACAUUAUGAUUUCGUCAAUUCUUUUAUGAUCAUCUAUAGUGCAUCAAUAAGGAAUUUCUUCCAUUCCGUAGAGUAGAAAAAAAGUAACACAUUGAACCCAAUAGGAUAAUAAAAUUAAAUAGGUCAAUUUAAAGCCUCAAAUGUUCGGAAGGCUUUUUUUAAUCUAGUGAAAUAUCUCUAGACACUGAUGACACACAAAAAAGAAGAGUUUGUUCCAAAAGUAGCAUGCUUCGUACUGCUGUGAAGUUUAUUUGUAUUGGACGAAUGUCAACAUCCAGUCUAUUUGCCCUCUAUUGGUAUCUAAGGCCAUCUGAGUGUCUCGUAUUGGAUACAUUUUGAAUAAUACCUUCAAACCAAGUAUUUACAUAACAUCACCAGUUACCAUGAACGAAGAAGAGUUUGAUGACAUUGCAGAAUUCAAGAAGACUCAAGCCCACAAUGAAAACGUCAAUUCACGUCGCAUAGGACUCUGUUGUUUCCUGUUUAGUCUUGCUUUUGUCCUGCUGGUGGUCGGAGAUGUUUACCCGUUUUGGACUUUACAUCAGGGACGGAACUAUCAUUACGACCAGUACGCUUCUUACGGAGGCAAUUCAGACUUUUCCAAACUUGUUGGCUACGUCACGAUUGUGUCCCUUGUCCUUGGAGCUGCCAGCAUACUCGUCAGCCUCGUCAUGGUGUUUGGAUCUUUCUACCCAGACAUCAGAGAGUACCAGCACAUUGCCUUCAGGAUCAACGUAGCUAUCGCUGCAUUGGGAGGUGUUCACGCCCUACAUGCGUGUGUCAUAUUUUUGGUAGACGUCUACGCCAUGAGUCCCAGCAUACCACACAACACAGUGCCCGGUUGGUCAUUCUAUCUCGUAUUCGCCAGCGGCCUCGUGGAGCUCAUCGGCGGCUGGCUUUGCAGCACCCUGGAGUACCACUUCACCGAGAUGGUGGAACAUGUGGACCACGUGGACAUCUUUCAGAAUCACUGAAUAGGUCAGCAACAUGACAUCUCAGCAAGACAAGGAUAGCUCUGCUUAAAGAGUGAAAUCUCUACAUAAAAUAACACAUCUAUAAUUAAAAAAAACACUGAACACAUGCUAUAACGCAAUACUUCGCAAAUACUUUUCAUUAGCCAAUCUCCCUAUUUUAAUCACAUAUGAAGUAGCAACAGGUAAAGAUGAUUUUUUUGUCAUUAAAGUUUUUACCUGGCUCCCAAUUACAUUCGAGUCCGGUUUAUCGAACCACAUCAGAACGCAACCGUUUUGGUCAUAUAACAAGUUGGCUCUUUUAACCGGAUUCUAUUGCAAUUUAGGAUUCUAACAAAAUAACUUGCUGGUUUAAUUAACCAGCUUCUUCUGUUUACGUUGAAUUCCAAUAAGUUGGUUUAUUAAAAUUUUCCAUAAUACUUAAAUCCCAUAAUUUUUUUACAUAAUUCUCGAAAUUGGUGUGAAUAAGAGAAAUCCAAUUACCAACUGAGCACCAUACACACACUGAAAUCGUAUGAGAUAACAAUAAUUUAGAUCCCAUGAUAAUUGUAUAACUUGAAACUCAAAUAAUGUUUAGAUGUAUUAUAUAUGAUGUAAAUAUGUAAAAUAUAGCUGUAAAUGUUCUAAUUAUUUAAGGCAUUUCAUGUACACGCCAGGCUUCAUAUAUUCUGGACUCUUAGUAUCUCAAGACUUUUUAGAAACUCCUGUCGUUUUUUUUUAAAUCCCAUAUAAAUAAUAAAUGUGUAGUUUGCAGUCUAUGCUUGGUUACUUAUUCUUAACAUUACAGUUAUGAAGGAAACAAACUCUUGGUGGCAAGUUUUGUAUUUAGACAUUCUGAUCCAUAUACUGGCAUAUGCAGUUGAACAUAGAACUUUCUUAAAUAUAUUGCGUAUGUUUGUAAAUAAGUGUACAUUUCAGUAAAUGUAAGAUAAUAAGAUUCUUAUGUUACAUUU